AUGAGACACUUCUCUUUAUUAAUAAUUUCAUUUUACCUUCUAUUUUUAUUAAAUAUUGUAUUUGAUCGAACCCAUGGCAAGCCUAACAUGUCCAAGACUAAAAUGAAAGAGUCUGUGUUGAUGAAUGGACCAGUAAGACUUCAGCGAAAGCCUAGAGUGCCUGUUGCGGCCAUGUACAGAGGUGUUGUGCACACUGGGGAAGUACAUCGCCAUAGGCGCCAACUAAUAAAUAUUGGUGUGCCUACGCCUCCUCCCGUCCAUCGUAUUCCUGUGCCGUAUCCAUACCGUUCAAAAUCUGAGACAAUUAAUGAUAGUGUAAAUGAUCGUCUACCUUCGUCUAAUCGUAUAAGGCGACAGAUCGUAAUUCGUGCACCGACUCCACCUCCAAUUCCCUCAAUCCCUGGCGUUGGCAUAAAUCGACGAAAGAGUCGUUCUCUCACUCCAAGUGAUCAUUCUGCAAUUACAGGCUCCGACCAGAUGCAAAUGAUCCACCAUAAAUACGCUUAUAUCGUUCAUAAUUCUAAACAAGCUGGAUUUUAAUAAAUAAGAGAAUAUUAGAAUUUU